CUUCGUUUCUCUAGCCUUCUGUAGAACCCUCAGAAGCAUAUUCAAAAUGUCGUUCAACCCUAACGACGUCGAUCUCGAUUCCGUCGACCCAGUCGAUGUGAUCUGCUACCUGAAUGCAUCCGACAAUGAAUAUAACGGGCAUCUCGGUGCGCGCGUCUCCGCCAUCUUUGUCAUCUUGAUUGUUUCCACUGCAGUCACCUUCUUCCCUGUGAUCGCCAAGCGCGUCCCUCGUCUUCACAUUCCGCUCUAUGUCUACCUCUUCGCGCGUUACUUCGGAGCAGGCGUCAUCAUCGCCACGGCUUUCAUCCACCUACUCGACCCCGCCUAUGGUGAGAUUGGUCCGCAGACCUGCGUCGGCAUGACGGGCCAUUGGGCCGAUUACUCCUGGUGCCCGGCCAUCGUCCUCUCCUCGCUCAUGUGCAUCUUCCUCCUCGACUUCGGCGCGGAGCGCUACGUCGAGGUCAAGUACGGCAUCUGCCGUGAGGACCCGGAACCGAUCAUGACCAGCGCUGUGGAUAACAGCUCAGUUACCAAGGAUGCGUCGACCAGCCGCCGCAAGAAUGAGACCGACACCGAGUCGCAGACCUCGAGCGAGGCCUGGAUCGAGCGCUCUUUUAAGCAGCAGAUCGCCGCCUUCCUGAUCCUGGAGUUCGGCGUCGUCUUCCACUCGGUCAUCAUCGGUCUGAAUCUGGGGGUGGUCGGCGACGAGUUCUCCACCCUGUACCCGGUGCUUGUCUUCCACCAAUCCUUCGAGGGCCUCGGUAUCGGCGCCCGCAUGUCCGCCAUUCCCUUCCGCAAGGGCAGUUGGCUCCCUUGGGUGCUCUGCGCCUUAUAUGGGCUGACGACUCCUAUCUCCAUAGCGAUCGGUCUCGGCGUCCGCACAACCUACAACUCCGGCUCUUAUACGGCGAACGUCGUCUCCGGGGUGUUGGAUGCCAUUUCCGCCGGCAUCUUGAUUUAUACCGGUCUGGUGGAGCUGCUGGCCCGCGACUUCCUGUUCGAUCCCCACCGAACCCAGGAUAACAAGCGCCUGACGUUCAUGGUCGUCUGCAUGUUGCUCGGUGCGGGCAUCAUGGCGCUUAUCGGCAAGUGGGCUUGAAUUUGUUCGUCUCUAGUUCGUUAUUGGUAUCUUGGUGAAAGCGUGCAUGGGAAAUUCGGUUUACAAAAAGCUAUUGGCAUGGGCACUCGGGUUAUUUCGUUGGUUUCCUUGGUUCGAGUCUCCUAAUGUUUGCUCGGAGCACAUAAUUACAUACCCUCUUCUCCUGUCUGAUUGUUAUCAUUUUAUGGAUUCAUUAGACUG